GCCGGGCCGGGCCGGGCCGAUGGAGCCGGGUGGCGAGAGCGGCUGCUGGUUCCUGUACUACGCGUACGGCAGCAACCUGCUGCGGCAGCGGCUGCUGCUGCGCAACCCCUCGGCCACGCUCUGCGCCCUGGCGCGCCUGCAGGAUUUUAAGCUCGAGUUUGGCCAUCAUCAAGGCAGGAUAAGUUCYGUCUGGCAUGGAGGUACAGCUACCAUUGCUCAGAGCCCUGGCGACGAAGUAUGGGGAAUAGUGUGGAAAAUGAACACUUGCAAUUUAAGUUCSCUGGAUAAGCAAGAGGGAGUUGAGGAUGGCAUUUACGUCCCAAUAGAAGUUAAUGUCCACACUCAAGCAGGCCAGGUACUGACCUGUCGAAGCUACCAAAUGAGGGACUAUGUCUCUGGUCCYCCUUCUCCACAGUAUAAAAAGGUUAUCUGCAUGGGUGCAAAACAGAAUGGCUUGCCAAGUGAUUACCAGGAGAAAUUAGAAGCUAUUGAAACUAAUAACUAUGCAGGACCKGUGCCAAUCAUGGAGGAGAUUGAAGCUUCUAUUAAAGCAGAGAAAAUAAAUUCUGCAUAGAAUAACUCUCCAUUUGCUUGGCCAUUCACUUUGAUUUAGAUACCUCUCCACACUGUGCUGAUCAGCAGUUUCUCUGUUUACCAAGAGAAGAUGAGUUUGCUGUGCAUCUACAGUACACCAUUAGACAAAAUUUGCAGCCUGAAGACACACUGACAUUGGUAACUUGUCUUUGUAUGUAUAGCUUGAGUACAUGCUGAAGUUUUUGCAGAUUUAGUAAUUAUCUUUCUAUAAUUGUCAUGCAGUGCUUCAUGCAAAUUUGUGCUUCACGUCCAGUUUAUUGAUCUUUUUAAAAGAAAAAGGCCAGCUUCAUGAGUUUUGGCACCUGUUGCUUUUUGAGGACUAAAGGCUGCAGGAUCAGGCCCUCUGUUUUUAAAGCUUGUGCAGAUGACUAGAUUUGUUAGAUGUGAGGUAAACUUAAAACUCUUAAGGCUAAACCUUUUUCUCUGCUACUUCUCCUAAUGGUUUAAAGCCCAACCUAUCUGAGGCUAUGGAGUUCCUGUUCCURUUUAUAUAGUUAGCAAAGAAAGAAAAGUAGUAUUUUUUUAACUCCUUCCAUGUUUUUAAGUGUAAGUCCAAAAGGCAGCCUAGGSCUGGAGACAACAUUCAGCAAAGGAUCUCUAUCAAACAAUCAUAGCUUCCUCCUUUCAAUGUCUAGUGAUCGUAAUAGGUGAAGUGGUUAGCUGUAACCAAGAGGUUUUUAAACAAUUCAUUUUAUUUUGAUGUCUCCAAGCGUUUUAAAAUUACCUUUUUCACUGGCUUUUGUGUCCAUCUUGGCCUUGGUGUCAUGUCCAGUAAAAUCAGAAAUCCUUUGAGUACUAGCACAUUUGUUCUGUGGUUUUGUUUGUCUGUUAAACCCCAGAGGAACAGACUUGCCCUCUUGUGGUUUUUUGGUUUUUUCUCCCCACAGCUUUGACAAUCCAAUACAAAACUGGAAGCUUUUGUAACAGUAUUUAUUUUCAUGGUACUUGGCAACCCCUGCAGUUAGCCURUGGGGCAUAAGGAAAAAUUGACAACUUGGAAGAUGUCAAAUCACUGAGCUUUGGCUUAUCUUCUCUACAGUGUAUUUUUUUCUCUUGAUGUACAGAGGGGUAUAAGAUAUAAUUGAUGUCACUGUGUGACUGCUUAGAUAAACAAAUGUUAAAGUAACAGACUGACCACGUCUGUAUAAAAUGUUUUCUAUAAAUUCUGCCAGGUAUGUGUAGGUGCUGUCCUGAUGUAAUAUGACUGUUUCCAGAGUUGGGCACUGUGACUGCUGUAAAACAUGGUACUUUCUGUAUUAGCACAGUCUAGUUUGAGUAAAUAAAACUGAUUACCAAA